UUAGUAUUGUGACAGGUGAACGCUAGUCAUGUCACGGGGAAUGUUGAUAACUUGGAAGGUGGUAUGGAUGGAGUGGUUCAAGCAAUUGUCUGUACAGAGCAAGUGGGAUGGGCAAGACAAGCGAGAAAAUUGAUGCUUAUUGCCACUGAUGGAUUCAUGCAUUUCGCUGGAGAAGGAAAAUUAGGUGGAGUUGUGAGGAAGCACGAUUAUUCUUGCCACUUGGAUGAAGCUGGUGAAUACUCAAUGUCCAAAGUAUUCGAUUACCCUUCACUCGCAGAAAUCUCACGACUUCUGAAACAAAAAAAAAUAAAUCUCAUCUUCGCAGUGACCGAGGACCGACGACUGGAGUACGAGCAAAUAGCCAGUCUUUUGAAAGAAAAAGGGAGAGUUGCUACGCUCGCAGCCAACAGCUCCAAUAUCUUGGAGAUUAUUAAGCAAUCUUAUCACGAUAUAUUAACGAAAGUUGUUCUCCGGGAUAAUUCGAGUGCAUUGAUUGAUUUGCGGUAUUAUACCAAUUGCGGAAAGCCUGGGCAUGUCGAGAAAAUUACUUCAGAAUGUAGUAGCAUACAGGAAGGAAUGAUAUAUGAUUUUAGGAUUGAAUUAUCGCUCAACGAUUGCCCGAAAAAUCAAGAAUUUUGGACCCAAAGGAUUGCAAUCGACGACGUACUGGCAUCAGAGGCUUCUGAAACUGUAAUCGAAGUUGAAUUGCAGUGCGGGUGUGACUGUGAAAAUCCCAAUAGUUCCCACUGUAAUUAUGGCACUGACGUUUGUGGAAUUUGCCAGUGUAACCGGGGAUGGUCUGGAGAAAAGUGUGACUGUGACGAAAGUGCUUGGACUGAAAACACACUGCUGUGUAUUGCACCCGGUGAGUCUUCGGCUUGCAGCAACAGAGGAGAAUGCACUUGUGGGAGCUGCACCUGUGAUCCUGGAUACAAUGGGAAUUACUGCGAGUGUUCAGCCUGUGACAAGGUUAAUGGGAUAGAGUGCGGAGGGAGAGGUAUCUGUAAUUGCAGUGUGUGUAAUUGCCUUGAGGGCUGGUACGGUGAAUCAUGUCAGUGUCCAACUGGCAAUGAACUUUGUAUAGCACCAGGAAGUACUGAUGUCUGCGGUAAUCAUGGAUAUUGUGAUUGUGG